AUGGCUCCAGGAGAAAAGGAAAGGGAGGUAGGGCCGGCCAGGGGUGCCCUCAGGAAGCUACGCAGAGUCACUCUGGUUAUCAGCUUGGCCCGCGGUUGGCAGCAGUGGGCAAAUGAGAACACCACGAGGCAGGCCCAGGAGCCCACAGGCUGGCUACCCGGAGGCACCCAGGACCCACCCCGAACUCCCAAACCGAGUCUGCAGCCCACUCCUCUCCAGAAAGACGGGAGUGCCCUGAAGUCUCCGUCCCCAAACCCAGAGGGACAUGGAGACGGACAAAGCUCAGAGGAAGCCACUGAGGUCUCCCAUAUCAAAAGGAAGGAGGUGACCAAAUCAGUUGUCAGCAAGGCUUAUGAGAGAGGAGGGGACAUGAGCCACCUCAGCCACAAGUACGAGGACGGUGGUGUGCCCGAACCUGGGCAGCCGGAAAAUGAUAUCGACAGAAUUCUCCACAGCCACAGCUCCCCAACGCGGAGGAGGAAGUGUGCCAACCUGGUGUCUGAACUGACCAAAGGCUGGAAAGAGAUGGAGCAGGAGGAGCCCAAGUGGAGGAGCGACAGCCUAGACACGGAGGACAGCGGCUACGGGGGGGAGGCUGAGGAGAGGCCGGAGCAGGAAGGAGAGCAGGUGGCAGCUGCCAGAAUCAAACGGCCCUUGCCCUCCCAGGCAAACAGAUUUACUGAGAAACUCAACUGCAAGGCCCAGCGGAAAUACAGCCAAGUAGGUAACUUGAAAGGGAGAUGGCAACAGUGGGCUGAUGAACACGUACAAUCUCAGAAGCUCAAUCCUUUCAGUGAAGAAUUUGAUUAUCAGCUGGCCAUGUCCACCCGCCUACACAAGGGAGAUGAAGGUUAUGGCCGUCCCAAGGAGGGAAGCAAAACUGCCGAAAGGGCCAAACGUGCUGAGGAGCACAUUUACAGAGAAAUUAUGGACAUGUGCUUCAUUAUCCGUACAAUGGCUCACCACAGACGAGAUGGCAAGAUCCAGGUCACCUUUGGCGAUCUCUUUGACAGAUAUGUUCAGAUUUCAGAUAAAGUAGUGGGCAUUCUCAUGCGGGCCAGGAAACAUGGACUGGUAGACUUUGAAGGAGAAAUGUUAUGGCAAGGCCGAGAUGACCAUGUUGUGAUUACUCUACUGGAGUGA